AUGGAAUUAGCAAACCAGACCAGAAUCCAGGAGUUUAUUCUACUGGGAUUCCCUACCAUCAUAGAACUUCAGGUAUUGCUGUUUGUCAUAUUCCUUGUGAUCUACACCAUGACACUCCUGGAGAACAUUGUAAUUAUCACCUUGACCAAAACAAACAGCAAUCUCCACAAACCUAUGUACUAUUUCCUUAGUCACCUAUCUUUUCUGGAAACCUGGUACAUCUCUGUAACUGUCCCAAAGCUUCUAGUUAACUUCUUAUCAGAGAACAAAAGUAUCUCUUUUGAAGGCUGCAUGACCCAGCUUUACUUUUUCAUCUCUCUGGUCUGCACUGAAUGUGUCCUUUUGGCUGUCAUGGCCUAUGAUCGUUAUGUUGCCAUUUGUGACCCAUUGCACUACCCAGUAGUUAUGACUGCUCAGCUCUGCUUGCAGCUGGCUGUGGGAUCCUGGCUGGCUGGCUUCCUUAUCUCUAUGAUCAAGGUGUUUUUCAUUUCCCGCUUAACCUUCUGUGGACCCAAUGUCAUCAACCACUUCUUCUGUGACAUUUCACCUUUGCUCAACCUCUCUUGCACAGACCGGACUGUAGCUGAGAUGGUUGAUUUUGUAUUUGCUCUCAUCAUUCUUUUAAUUCCACUGUCAGUCACAAUGGUAUCCUAUUUGUACAUAAUAAAUACCAUUUUACAUAUCCCCACUGCCCAGGGAAAGAGAAAAGCUUUUUCUACCUGUGCGUCACACCUUACUGUGGUUGUCAUCUUCUACUCAGCUACCCUCUUCAUGUAUGCCCGACCGAGGAGAAUCCAUUCAUUUAAUCUGAACAAGCUUGUGUCAGUUGUGUACACUAUUGUGACCCCUAUGCUGAACCCCUUCAUUUACUGCCUUCGGAAUCAGGAAGUAAAGGAAGCCCUGAAAAAGGUUUUUUCUAGCUUGAGUGGUAACUCAGUGUCUGACAACCAUUAG